AUGGGUUAUAAUAUAAAUCUGUUAAAGAAUAAGUUCAAAAGAUUAAAGAUUGAAGUCCAUCAUAAUAAGAAUAAGACAAGUCAUAGAGAUCCAAUCAUUCACUCUCGUGAUCCUUCUAAACCAUUUACAACACUUCGUACAACUGAACCAAGAUCACGUUGGGAUUUUGAAGUUGAACCAACAAUCCGUGAAGAUGAUGAUUUAAAUCAAAGUCAAUUUGAUGGGUUUUCAAAUGAUUCAAGAGAAGGUUUAUUUGGUGAACAAGAACAAGAGGAAGAACAUGAAAGACAUCAAACCCUAUUGGAAUCAACAAUCAAGAGUUAUUUAUCAUCUCAUAGAAGGCAUAAAUCAAGACCAAAUUCUCAAGUUGGUUCUCAACUGGAUCAUUCUUGUGAAUGUACAUGUCAUGCAAAUGUUGAAACUGAAUCUAUAAAAUCACCAAUUUAUCAUAAUCCAUCAUGUUUACAAAAUUGUGAAAUUUCUCAAGAUGUUGAAAAUAUUGAUUCAUUACCAAAAAUUACAAAAUCUAUAUCAAAAAUUAAUUAUAUUGAACCUAAACCAGCACGUCGUGGAUUUUGGAUUUUCAAAAGAAGACAUCCAUUAUCUAAAAUUCCAAAUCCUGAACCUGAACCUGAACUUGAAUCUCAAAAUGAUGAUUAUUAUAAUGAUCAAGAAUAUGUUGGUGAUCAAAAUACAAUAACAUCUGCUGUUCAAAGAAUUGAAAUUAUUGCAACAUCUUCAACACCAGGAAUUGAAUCACCAUUAGAUAAUGAUGAAAAUGAACAUACAUUGAAAAGUUUAAAAACUUCCAGAUCCAUUAAAGAAUCAACAUCUUUCAAGAGACAUGCAAAAUCUAAACCUUCACUUGUUAAUUUCUCAAGACCAAAUAGUCAAAUCGCUUAUGAAAAUAAUGGUUCUGGUAAUGGGUCACCAAUUUCAAAACAUGAUAGAGCAAAUGAACCAUGGAGACUUAUUAUGAAUGAUAUAUCAUUACAUGCUGCUUUAUUAUCCACUGGAGCUAAACCAAAACUUUCAAGAUCAUCAAUUAAUUUAGGUGCUGACUUCACGAGCUCUAAACAUGAUCCAAAUCUAAGACCAAUAUCUAAUAAUAGUUAUCAAUCAGAAUUAAUUUCAUUAGGAUCUAUAAAGAGAAAUAAUAAUAACAAUAAUAACAAUAAUAACAAUAAUAAUGGCAAUAUUAUUUCAAAAACUGAUUAUCACUUAUAUCCAAAUGAGAAUUAUAAUGAAAAUAGUAUUCCAAAAUCAAUAUGGAAUGAAAAUACAGCUAAUAAUGAUCAAACAAUCAUACCAAUCAAUAAACAAGAUGAAAUUUUUGAUACUAGGCCUUCAACGAAAAAAUCCAAAUUUUCAGUUACAUCUGAACCAUUAGAACAAGAUUAUUUAAAAGGAGCAGAUACAUCUGCUGUAUAUGGUGGUGUUUUCCAAGAUUAUAAUUAUUCAGAUGAAAGUGUUGAAGGAUGGAAAAAUCAUGGAGCUAGUAAACAACAUUUACUUCACAGAAAUGUUUCAGAACCGGAUUUUAACGAUUCUAAUAGUGAGAUUCUACCAUUAAACAUCCAGUCCAAGGGAAUCAAUCGAAUAUUUUGA